AUGUUUAAGGUGGCAUACGAUGAUCAAGACGUUUUCCUAGAUGCCCUGAAGCUUAAGCUUUCACCGGAAGACUACGGGAUGUAUCUGGCGCACCUGAGAAAGGUGGCAAGACAUGGGCUAGACAAGAUCUUCGCCGAGUACAACGUCGAUGUCAUUGUCGGCCCCUGCGACAGCCCACUCUCCAGUCUGUCAAGCGGGAGCGGCUAUCCUAUGGCAGCGAUGCCCCUAGGCUACGCAGAAUACAACGGCCGUCCGUUUGGCCUAUUGGCUCUAGCCGGAAAGCAUCAAGAAGCCAAGGUGCUAACAUUACUGAACGCUUGGGAGGGAACAUUCGGACCUAGGAAGCCGCCGCCGAUGCUCUCAGGCGUGUGUGGAACAAAAUGA